ACAGCCAAUAGCCUAAUUGCAUGUGCUGGUGUCUUUUGCAAAAGAGUACUAAUUACCAGAAUACCUAAGCAGCCAUGUCCGUACUACACCUGUUAAUGACUGCAAAUAGAUAGAUGAAAGACUUGUGCUGCUCUUUGUUCUUCUUCACCCCUGUAUUUGUCUAUAUAUAUGGUCUUUAUUCUGUACUUUCUUCGAUACUCAUCUGCUCCAAAGAGAAUCAGACACUCAUACACACAUACAGUACACACUGCCUAGUUGAUCGAACCUGGUUUUCUGCAAUUUCCUGAGAAGUUGGUGCCCAAAUUUUCUUCUGGUAUUGUUCAUCUUCUUUCGAGCUGCAAACUUUUAGUGAUCGAAAACGGAAAACCAUGGGGUCUGAAGAACAUGUUUGCCUUCAAAUUCCAUCUCCUAUCAAAUACAUAUCAUCAAAUGAAGUGGUUCGGUUUGAUAACGUUAAGGAGCAUACCUUUUUCAAUGACAAGCAUCAGCUAACUGACCCAUCAGCUAAGAAAACUGAGAUGGCUGCUAUGAUAUCUCUUAGCAUGCCACCAUCGCCAGCGGAAAUUCAGUUACAGAACACAAAACAAGUGCCCUUCAGCCCUGAAACAAAUUUCAACAAUGGAAUUCCAGAUUCUAAUUCUGCCGCAACUAAGCGUGCUAGUAGCAGCCAACUACCGGAAGAAGCAGAAUUUCACUCUCAGGCCCAGUCAAAAAUCUCUGCAUUUGAAGAUCAAGCAAUUCAAAUAGGGCAUUGUCCUUAUCAACCAAGUAUUGAAAGAUUGAAAGAUAAGAGGUUUGAUAAUUUCAAGACAUGGUCUGGGAAACUUGAAAGGCAGAUAUCACUAGCUUCACUACUACGGGGAAAGCCACCAAGAAAAAGUGAUCAACCAGAGAAUGCUUCUGUGCAAAGUACAGAUCAAGUUGACCCUUUACCUGCAGACAGAUACUUUGAUGCAUUGGAAGGGCCUGAGUUGGACACCCUUAGGGCUUCAGAGGAAAUUCUGCUUCCAGAAGAUAAGAAGUGGCCAUUUCUUCUCCGGUAUCCCAUUUCUUCAUUUAGCAUCUGUCUUGGUGUUAGCAGCCAAGCUAUUUUGUGGAAAACCCUGCCUAUCUCUGCCUCCACAAAAUUUCUCCACUUGAGCUUAACACCAAAUUUGGUUCUCUGGUUCAUUUCUCUUGCUCUAUUAGUUAUUGUUGCUUGCAUCUACAUUCUUAAAAUCAUCUUCUACUUUGAAGCAGUUCGUCGUGAGUAUUACCAUCCAAUCCGAAUCAACUUCUUCUUUUCCCCAUUUAUAGCCCUUUUGUUCACAGCUCUUGGAGUCCCACCUUCAAUUUCUAACAACCUCCAUCCAGCUCUUUGGUACAUCCUCAUGGCACCAAUUCUAUGUCUUGAGCUUAAAAUCUAUGGGCAGUGGAUGUCAGGAGGCGACCGCCGGCUCUCAAAGGUGGCGAAUCCUGUGAACCAUCUCUCUAUUGUUGGCAACUUUGUUGGGGCAUUGCUAGGAGCAUCAAUGGGACUAAAAGAAGGACCAAUAUUCUUUUUUGCUGUUGGGUUGGCUCACUACACGGUCUUAUUUGUAACUUUGUACCAGAGACUACCAACAAAUGAGUCAGUAAUCCCAAAGGAACUCCAUCCUGUGUUCUUUCUGUUUGUUGCAGCACCUAGCGUAGCUUCAAUGGCAUGGGCAAGAAUCCAAGGCUCCUUCGAUUAUGGCUCACGGAUUAGUUACUUCAUCGCCAUGUUCCUUUAUCUCUCAUUGGUAGUCCGAGUCAAUUUUUUCCGAGGAUUCAAGUUCUCACUGGCAUGGUGGGCAUACACUUUCCCAAUGACCGGUGCUGCCAUUGCAACCAUCAGGUACUCGAAUGAAGUGACGAAUGUAGCAACUCAAGCUUUGGCUGUCAUACUCUCUCUCAUUGCCACGCUCACAGUCAUGGCUCUCUUCAUAGUAACCCUAUUGCAUGCCUUUGUGCUCCGAGACCUCUUCCCCAAUGACAUUCCAAUUGCCAUUAGUGACAGAAACCCAAAUAAACCACACAGAAAGUGGUUCCAAUUAAAGCAGGAAAACUCUUCGUAUCCCAAAGAGAUUGAGAAUUCCUUGAAGUCCACAACAGGCUCAGAGAAAAAGGAUUUGGAAAUUUGAAGAUUCCUUGAUCAAAGCCACCAAACUCUCUUAUCUUUCUGGCUAGCUAGUCGAACAUGGGACCAUGGGAGGACCAUAAUAACCAAGUUUUCCUAGUUCCAGUGAGCAUUUUCACAUACUGAAAUGUCAAAUCUACCAUAUAUAUAAAGUGUGAGUCGCCAGUAGAGCGCUCUUUGCUAGUUGGUGCUUUAUUGAGUACAAGAGUUUAGAAGAGACUCAGGAUAAUAUUUCAAAAUGUUAUACUUAUUGUAAUCAGGGGUUUAGGCUCAAUAUCCCCAUUGUAUUCGACAGUUUCUUUAAUCAAGGUUAUCAAGGCUUGAGGGCUGC